UCUCUCCCUCUCUCUCUCUGUUCGCUCUCUUUGGAUUCCUGUAGUUUGGUAUUUUCAGUUUCGCAAGAUCUAUAUCUUCUCCGGAAGUCUUGUAGAUCCGAUCGUUCCGGCGGCUGUCCUCGCCAUCAAAAGCUAAUUCAGAGCCACCUAGUGGCUCGUUGGAAGGCUUCGAUGAUGGAUAGUCAGAGAAGCUUUUGGCAACUGGGGGAUGAACUACGGGGACAGUCUGCUGCUGCCGCUUCGGAGGAUCAGAAAUGGUUGGUGGCGGCGUCGAAGUUGGCUGAACAGACUAGAUCGAAAGGCUUAAGAAUGAACAACCUCGAUCCCAGUAAAACCACCAUGGAAAUGAAGCCGACAGAGAAAUUUGGGUUCCAAGAAGAUAACAAGUUUGAGAGCCUUAAUUUCGCUAUGAUGAGUUUGGACUCUAAGCUGAAUGAGCCUGUCAACAAAGGUGCCUAUAUGAAUGGCGUCUAUAAUGCUAAGAUGCUGUAUCAGAAAGGCACUGGAAACGUUAAUGUGGUGGUCGGAGGCAACCUGUCCAGCAAUAAUAGCAACACUACCAAGGUGACAAACAAUGGCUGCAAGAACAACAUCAAUUACAACCCAAAUAAUAGCAGCAGUAACAGCAAUAGUAACAAUGCUGUUGACAAACGAUUUAAGACAUUGCCUUCAGCGGAGACGCUUCCAAGAAAUGAGGUGCUUGGUGGUUACAUUUUUGUGUGUAACAAUGACACAAUGCAGGAAGAUCUGAAGCGACAACUUUUUGGUUUGCCAUCCAGAUACCGGGAUUCUGUUCGGGCCAUAACACCGGGUUUGCCUUUGUUCUUGUACAAUUAUGCUACUCACCAGCUACAUGGGAUAUUUGAGGCUGCCAGUUUUGGGGGAACAAACAUUGACCCAACAGCAUGGGAAGACAAGAAAUGUAAAGGUGAAUCAAGAUUUCCUGCUCAGGUGCGAAUCCGUGUAAGGAUGCUCUGCAAAGCGCUCGAAGAAGAUGCUUUCAGGCCUGUUCUGCAUCAUUAUGAUGGUCCCAAAUUUCGUCUUGAACUCUCCAUACCAGAGACUUUGGCGUUGCUAGACUUAUGCGAACAAGGAGGAAGCGAGUGAUGUGCUGACUACAUCAGCUAUAACAUCUGGAACUUCUUUGAAGGCAAAGAAGGAAAAAAAUGAAUCUCCAGCUGCUGUGAGAUCUAGUUCGACAUUUUCGUGGACCUCUUGAUUUUCUGCAAAGGCAGAAGCUCAGGAGUUGUUUGAUCGAAGUUGGGUUUUUGUGAGUUUGCCAAAUAAUGUAUUGAGGUGCAUGUUGCUUUAGCAGCAGGAUACUGGUCUGCGCCUUUGUGUGUGUGCGUGUGUAUGUGUGUGAGGGGUUGGACUGUUGAAGGAUGGCAGUCUGUUUAUUAUAUGUAUGGGAGGGAGUAGAUCGGACUUCUGAAAUCAGAAGGGAACGAUCAAACCCGUAAAUCUUAUGAGGUAAAUGGUUGAAAUGCUUUUCUGCAA